CAGAGAAGCCGAUACGUUCGGGAAAGGUGAUUCCUCUUAGAACAGAUGACCCUGUACGUGUGGACAAAGCCUAUCAAGGCGUCGGAGCUCCUGAUAGACUAUAACGUGUUGCGAGAGCUAAAACGAUGCGAAGAGCGCCCAACAGCAAAUAUGGGUAUUAUCCCGAAGAAGAGACGAUUUAAUGCGAACAACACUUCUUACGAGAAAGUAGACGCCGAUGGAUGCUGCUGCUAGGAUAGAGCGGCUUGCACAG